CAACGUCCAAAAGGUAUAUAUGGUAUUAGAAAAAUAAAAAAAAAAUAAAAUAAAAAACUAAAAUAAAAAAAUAAAAUAAAACAGUACUAAAGGGUAUCUGUGUACAGCUGUUUCCAUGAACCCAAUCACCCAUGUGGUUCCAAGCAAUAUUUAAAGGGCAAAUAACAAAGUAUUCCUUAUAAAUAGGGGUUUACCUGAUUCAUAAUUCUUCACCACCUUACUACUCACUUCUCUUAAGUUUUCUUUCCCACUUCUUUAAAAAUGGCAGCUAUGAAUCACUGCUUCUUCUUCCUCCUCUUCAUCGCUUCGGUAGCUGUUGGUGGAGUCUAUGCGAGUACAAGCAGUUCAGAUGCAAAAGCAUAUUGGAAUAUGAAAUUCCCAAACAUCCCCAUGCCACCUGUUUUGGAGCUUAUGCUGCCAAAUCCAUCAGGAUUUGAUUUCCAAAAAGGCAAAGCUAGUUUCAGCAGGGAUAAGACCAUGGCUCUCUACAGUUGGUACAAUUACGACUUGAAAACAUCAGGUGUACAGAUGAAAAACAAGAUGUUCACAUCGAUGUUUAUUCGAGAAGAAGACCUCCUUAAAAAAGGCACUAUCCAUGAAUUGCAAUACUUAGGUCCAUCUGACCUUGGUCCUCCCUUUAUGAGAAGAGAUGAAGUUAAAGAAAUACCAUUUUCAUCUUCAAACUUAGAACAAGUACUUUCAUCAUUCAACAUUGACUCAAUAUCAAAACAAGCAAUAUUGAUGCAAUCCACUUUGAGUCGUUGUGAAGAUCCUUCUAAGUUUGGACACCAUACUUGUUCUCCUUCUUUAGAAGAUAUGGUUGAUUUUGUUACUUCUGAGUUUCAACUAUCAAACCCUACUUUUAAUGAUCUUAAAGUCCUUGGUGUUACUGUCACCCCACCAAUGCAACUUAAUCAAAGAUAUCUGAUAACACAAGUAGAGAAAGUGGUUGAGAUUGGAAAACCAACAAUAGCAUGUCACAAAGCUGCAUUCCCAUAUGGAGCAUUCAUGUGCCACCGCAUGGAAGGAGCUCGGGCUUACCGGGUAGAGCUUCAAAGCCUUGACAAUGAGAAGCUGAAGGUAGAUACUGCUUUAGUUGGGUGUCAUCAUGACACUGAUAAUUGGAGUCCUUCUUACGCUGCGUUUGGACUCCUUGGACUCAAACCAGGCCAACCUGUCUGCCAUUUCUUACUCGCAGACAAUGUUAUUUUCAUUAAGAAUGAUCAUGUCUUGAAGACAUUCGUUCAAUGAUCGAUUAACUUGGGAAUUAAUCAACCACAAAUGCUGUGAUCGAUAUAUCACAUAUUGUAUGAUAAUAUUUGUGAUAAAAUUAAUGUGAGAGUGAUUGAUGUUUAAAUUGUAUAUGUAAAAGAGCAAGAAAUACAGUACCAAAGAUAAUAAAUAGCGGACCUGAAUUUGGUAAAUCAAUAAAACUCUCCCCUUUAUGUUUGCCUUUCAAAUUUAGUAGGAGAUCGAAUGUUUGAAUGCAUUCUCUCUGUGGCAGAUUGUAUUAUGUAGAUGGAAAUGGACAAACAUUUUUUUCAGAAAUUUUAGCUACAAAUGGCCUAA